CUGUCAAAAAAUUUCCUUUGCUGAACAUCAUAUAGCAAGCAACAUGUCUGGAGAUUACGUGUCGUUUUUUAAAGAUUUCAUGGCGGGAGGUAUUUCUGCUGCCGUGGCCAAAACUGCAGUUGCACCUAUUGAAAGGGUAAAACUUUUGUUGCAAGUUCAAGCUGUAAGCAAGCAAAUUCGACCGGAAGAUAGAUAUAAAGGAAUGAUCGAUUGUUUUAUACGCAUACCAAAAGAGCAAGGUUUUGCAAGUUACUGGCGCGGUAACUUGGCAAAUGUUAUCAGAUAUUUUCCAACCCAGGCCCUAAAUUUUGCCUUCAAAGAUGUGUACAAAACUGUAUUCCUUGGGGGAGUUGAUAAAAAUAAGCAAUUUUGGAGAUAUUUUGCUGGUAAUUUAGCAUCAGGUGGUGCAGCUGGCGCAACUUCACUUUGUUUUGUCUACCCUCUAGAUUAUGCAAGAACUCGCUUGGCUGUUGAUGUUGGAAAAGGCACAAAAGAUCGCCAAUAUCAAGGAUUAGUUGAUUGUAUUGCUAAAACCUUUAAAUCAGAUGGUUUAAUAGGGUUGUAUAGAGGGUUCAAUGUGUCCGUUCAGGGUAUUAUAAUUUAUCGGGCUGCUUAUUUUGGUUGUUUUGACACUGCUAAAGGCAUGCUCCCUGAUCCCAAGAGCACACCCUUCCUUGUUUCUUUUGCCAUUGCACAGACUGUUACAACUUUGUCAGGAAUUAUUUCCUAUCCAUUUGACACUGUUAGAAGGAGGAUGAUGAUGCAAUCUGGACUUAAAAAGAGUGAAGUUAUAUACAAAAAUACUCUUGAUUGCUGGAUCAAAAUAAACAAAACAGAAGGUACUGCUGCCUUUUUCAAGGGUGCCCUAUCAAAUGUCUUCCGAGGCAUGGGAGCUGCCUUGGUGCUCGUUUUUUAUGAUGAAAUUAAAGCAUUGAUUUAAGAAAUUAAAACAAUAUGUAAGCAGUUCUUACCUUAUGUUUAAAAAGGUUAACUUGUUUUUUACAUUUGUUUCUUUUGUUUUAUUUUUUUGAAUAUUAUGUACAGAAGUUUGUUCAAAAUUCUUCAGUGUAUUCUUAUUUCAUAACUUAUUGGAGUAAGCAAAAAUUGGGUUUUGGAUGUUUUUAUUCCAUCUACAAUAUUUUUAUUUAAAGGUUUUAAAAAUCUAAAUUGGUACUCUCUCCAUCACUUCC